GGGACGGCGUGCCUCAUGCCUCACAUGAUCUCCACGUGACCUCGCGUGGUGGGGCUCUUCGUGUCCAUCACAUGUGGGGUCAACAUGCCGAUAGGCUUAUCGCUUAUCGCGCCCACCUGCCGCCCAAAAAUUUCUGGAGCUUUGCGCGAGGAAUUGGAUCGAGGCGACAGGCUGCUGCGACACGACUCGGAUUUGGUGCAGCGACAACUCGACGCCGCAGAAAAGGGGUCCCAACAUGGACGGGCAAGCACACAAGCCUCACCGGGCUUCCAAGAAGUCCAAGGAAAAGAAGACACAACAUCAAGGGGGCCAAAACCCAAAAGCCUUCUCUUUCUCCAACCCCGGCAAGCUCGCGAAACAAGCGGCGCGCUCCCACGAUAUCAAAGAGAAACGCCUCCAUGUUCCCCUCGUUGACCGCCUACCCGAUGACCCGCCCCCGCGACUCGUCACCAUCGUCGGCCCUCCUGGCGUGGGAAAAACUACACUACUCAAAUCCCUGAUCCGCCGCUAUGCGAAGGAGACCAUCUCGGACCCGGUGGGGCCCAUCACGGUCGUCACCUCCAAGAAGCAACGGUUGACCUUCAUCGAAUGCCCGAACGAGCUAGAAGCCAUGGUCGAUAUUGCCAAGGUAGCCGACAUUGUGCUGUUGAUGAUUGACGGGAACUUCGGUUUCGAGAUGGAGACGAUGGAGUUCCUCAACAUACUCGCAGCCACUGGUAUGCCGGGAAACGUCUUUGGCAUUCUCACCCACCUUGACUUGUUCAGGAAACCACAGGCACUCAAGGAUGCGAAGAAGAGGCUCAAGCACAGAUUAUGGAGCGAACUCUACCAGGGCGCCCACCUGUUCUACCUCUCCGGCGUCCUGAACGGCCGCUACCCCGACCGCGAAAUCCACAAUCUCUCCCGCUUCCUCUCCGUCAUGAAGAACCCCCGACCGCUUGUGUGGAGGAACUCGCAUCCCUACACCAUUAUCGACAAUUACCGAGACAUCACCCACCCCACCAAGAUCGAGGAGGACGAGAGCUGCGACCGGUCCAUCGAACUAUCUGGCUACUUGCGCGGCACCAACUUCGCCGCCCAGGGGCAGAGGGUACACAUUGCCGGCCUGGGUGAUUUCACAAUAUCCGCUAUGGAGGUAUUACCGGACCCUUGUCCGACACCAGCCAUGGACCAAGCACUCGCUAAACUCACCGGGAAAACGGGCAGGAGGCGCUUGGAUGAGAAGGACAAGAAGUUGUGGGCCCCCAUGGCAGACCGGAGCGGCAUGAAAAUUACUGGCGACCACAUCGUCAUCACCCGGGAGAAGGGCUUCGCCUUCGACAAGGAUGAUGAGGGUGUCGAGCGCGGCGAGGGCGAGCAGCUUAUUGUUGAUCUCCAGGCCGAAAGGAGGCUUCUCGGCUACACUGAUAAGGGCGUAAAACUCUUCUCGACCGGGGAACAGAUCGCCGAGGUUCCAGAAGAGGCUGACAGUGGGAGGAAAAGCCAAAGAACCGCUCGCUUCCUUGAGCGGGAUGCCUCUGACGGGGAGGACGUGCCCGAGGAUGAGGGGUUCGUCAGCGGCGAGGAGGAGGAGGAAGGGUCCGACGUUGAGGCCGAAUUCGACGAGCAGAAACUAGGCAAGAUGUUUCGGAAACAGACCGAUAAGGACCAAGGGGAUGACGUUGCCUUCGCCGAUAGCGACUCUGAUCUGGGCUCCUUGUCUGGUGAAGAGGGCCCCGACGGUGACGACGACGAAGAUGAAAAUGACGAGGAUGAAGAGUUCGACUCUGACGAAGAAGGCGCGGCCGUCAAGUGGAAAGACAACAUGAUGGAGCGGGCAAAGAUGCUCCACGGGAAGAGACGCCCUUAUCGGGCAGUAGACCUUGCUAGGUUCAUGUACGAUACAACCCUGACGCCAAAGGAGGCGCUCCAAAAAUGGAGGGGUGAAGGGGAUGAGGAGGAGGAAGAGGAUAUCGAGCAGGAUGACGACACUUUCUUCCGGAGGACAGGUAACGACGAAAAGGAGGAUCUUGCCGAGGACCGGUCGAUACCUCGGUUCGACUACGAGGACCUGGCUGCGAGAUGGUCGAGCGAGGAUGCCGUUGAAGCCCUUCGUAGCAGGUUUGCCACAGCCAAUUUGGUCGACGAGGAUGGUGGCGACGAAGAGUUGGAUGAGGACGACGAGGAUGGCUUUGGGGAUGAGGACGAAGAUGAUGAGGGUGACGGCGCCUUUGAGGAUCUCGAAACCGGAGAGUCGCAUGGCGUCGAACAGGACGAAGAGAAGGGCGAAGAGGAGGCCGAGGAGAGCCUGGAGGCGGAGCGAGAAAAGAACGCCCGCCGCAAAGAAGAACUCAGGCUCCGAUUCGAGGAGGAGGAUCGUGAGGGCUUCAAGAACGAUAAAGCCGUGUCGAGGAGGGAAGGUGGAGACCAAGAUUUCGCCGAGGACGAGUGGUACGACGCGCAAAAGGCCUUGUUGCAGAAGCAGCAGGAUAUCAACAAAGCCGAGUUCGAGGAGCUCGACGAGAGUCAGCGGUUGGCAGUGGAGGGCCUGAAGGCCGGCAAGUACGCCAAGCUAGUCCUCGAGGGUGUCCCGGCCGAGUUCGUCAACCGGUUCCAAGCGCGAUUGCCCAUCGUUGUGGGUGGCUUGUCUCCCACCGAGGACAGGUUCGGGUUUGUCCAGGUUAGAAUCAAGAGGCACAGGUGGCAUAAGAAGAUCCUCAAAACGGGCGACCCGUUAAUCUUCUCGCUCGGUUGGCGGAGGUUCCAAUCGCUCCCAAUCUACUCCAUCUCGGACUCCCGGACGCGGAACAGGAUGCUCAAGUACACCCCUGAACACAUGCACUGUUUCGGUACCUUCCACGGGCCCUUGAUUGCGCCCAACACGGGCUUCGCCUGCUUCCAGUCCUUCUCAUCCUCCAACCCGGGUUUCCGCAUCGCGGCAACGGGUACGGUAUUGAGCGUUGACGAAUCCACCGAGAUCGUCAAGAAGCUCAAGCUUACCGGCACACCAUACAAGAUCUUCAAGAACACGGCCUUCAUCAAGGACAUGUUCAGCUCUUCCCUCGAGAUCGCCAAGUUCGAAGGCGCCGCCAUCAAGACCGUCUCGGGCAUCCGCGGCCAGAUCAAGCGCGCCCUCGCCAAGCCAGACGGCCACUUCCGCGCCACCUUCGAAGACAAGAUCCUCCUCAGCGACAUCGUCUUCCUGCGGGCCUGGUACCCGAUCAAGCCGCACCGCUUCUACAACCCCGCCACCAACCUGAUCGGCUGGCAGAGCAUGCGAUCAACGGGAGAGAUCCGGCGGGACCAGGACCUGGCCACCCCGCUGCUCAAGAACAGCCAGUACCGCAAGAUCGAGCGGCAGACGCGGCACUUCAACCCGCUGCGCGUGCCCAAGGCCGUGGCCGCCAGCCUGCCCUUCAAGUCGCAGCUCGUGCGCACCAAGGCGCAGAAGAAGGAGACGUACCUGCAGAAGCGCGCCGUCGUGGCCGCGCCCGGCGGCGGCGAGGAGCGCCGCGCCCGCGACCUCAUGCAGAAGCUCACCACCGUCCGCAAGGAGCAGGUCGCCAAGCGCAAGGCCAAGAAGGACGAGAAGCGCGAGGAGUACAAGAAGAAGAUUGCUGAUAUUGAGGAGCGGUUGGAGAACAAGGAGCGCAGGGAGAACAAGGCGUACUGGGAGCGCGAGGGGCGGAAGCGCAAGCCUGGGGAUUCCGGGGGUGGUGGGGGGAAGAGGAGGAAGUAG